CUAAGGAUAAAGGCAUAAAGCAACCUCAAUUGCUAAACGUACAAAAUUACGCCUCUCCAAACUUUCACCGUUCACUUCACACACACCCUCCAAAGUCCAAACUCAUUCCAUAACAAAUUCUACAACUCUACUACUCUAGCCUCUCUAUCGAAUUACCUAAAAUGGCUGCUACUCAGAUUACAAGUUCUUCAUCUUUAACAAUCAAAGCAUUGCCCUCAUUUGAAGGCCUUCGGUCUGCUUCAGGAUUCUCAAAGUUCAAUGUUUGUGUUACAUAUCCUAGUUUUACAUCAAGGUCAUUGCGUGCUUUGGUUGUUAAUGGUGCCUCAGUAACCGCAUCCAAGUAUACAUCAGUUAAGCCACUGGGAGAUAGAGUUUUGAUAAAAACAAAGACGGUUGAGGAGAAGACCACUAGUGGAAUUUUUCUUCCUACUACCACACAAAGCAAACCCCAAUCAGGUGAAGUUGUUGCCAUCGGUUCUGGGAAGAAAGUUGGUGAAAAAAAACUGCCUUUUGCUGUCAAGACUGGUGCUGAAGUUGUGUAUUCCAAGUACACAGGUACUGAAGUAGAAGUGGAUGGAUCUAGUCAUUUGAUAUUGAAAGAAGAUGAUAUAAUUGGCAUUCUAGAGAAUGAUGAUGUUAAGGAUCUCAAACCUUUGAAUGACCGCAUAUUGAUAAAGGUUGCUGAGGUUGCGGAUAAGACUGCGGGAGGAUUGUUGCUGACCGAGUCUGCAAAGGAGAAACCUUCAUUUGGCACAGUAGUUGCAACUGGUCCUGGUCUUUUGGAUGAAGAGGGGAACAGGACUCCACUGCCUAUUUCUCCAGGAAGCACAGUUUUGUAUUCCAAAUAUGCUGGAAAUGAUUUGAAGGGUAGUGAUGGGUCUGACUACAUCGCGUUGCGAGUAUCAGAUGUGAUGGCUGUGCUUUCUUAGAACGCCUCAUACCCUGUGAUUUCUAUCUGCUGUUUGUAGAAGUAGACUUGUAGUUUGUCCCGCCUUACCUGUAGUUCAGGGGGGUGGAAUUUUUUGCAUUUGACAGUGCUAGAAAAGAAAAUCUUCAGUAAUAAAAUGAGCUUUGGUUA